AUGUUCGCCUACCCGUCCGGAUCUCUCCACAUGGGUCAUCUUCGCGUCUAUACCAUCUCCGACGUGCUCGCCCGCUAUCGAAGAAUGCGAGGUUAUGAUGUGCUUCAUCCAACAGGCUGGGAUGCUUUCGGACUGCCGGCAGAGAACGCUGCAAUCGAGCGCGGUAUUGAUCCGGCGGUUUGGACGGAUGAAAAUAUUGCAAAGAUGAAACAGCAGCUCAAGAGCAUGAAUACAAGUUUUGAUUGGGAUGCCGAAAUAUCAACAUGUUCGCCGUCGUUCUACAAGCACACUCAGGACAUUUUUCUCAAGUUAUAUCAUCGUGGGUUGGCAUAUCAAGCAGAAGCGCUGGUCAAUUAUGAUCCGGUGGAUAAAACAGUCCUCGCCAAUGAGCAAGUUGAUCACAAUGGCCGCUCUUGGAGAUCAGGAGCCCUGGUGCAACAGAUCAAACUUCGCCAGUGGUUCUUCAAGAUCACCGAGUUCAAGGAGGACCUGCUACGAGACCUGCAAUAUCUGUCCGACGGAGGAAAGUGGCCUGAAAGAGUCGUAACCCAGCAGCGGAAUUGGAUUGGCCGCUCGACAGGCGCACGCAUCCAGUUCGGAUUGAGAGAUGACAGUGGGAAAUCUUCUCACAUCCAUGUCUUCACUACCCGCCCAGAUACGCUGUUUGCCGUGAAAUAUGUUGCUCUCUCAAUGACGCAUCCUCUCGUGGUCCAGGCGGCCGCCCAGUCAACGGAACUGCAAAGUUUUCUUGACAGACGCGCUUCCUUCCCGCCCGACUCCAAGGAAGGCUUCGAGCUGCCAUUGUACGCCUUCAAUCCCCUUUCCCAGGUCGGAGGUUCGAAUGAUGAGCCGUUACCAGUAUUUGCUGCUCCCUACGUUCUAGAGGACUACGGAGAGGGCGCAGUGAUGGGUGUCCCGGCUCAUGAUUCUCGCGACCUUAACUUCUGGAAAUUGCACAGGCCCUCGGAUCCUGUCAGCAUUGCGAUAUCGCCAGAGCCUCGGGGUAAUGGCGAUACUCACGUGCGUCCGGCUGAGGUGCUGGAAGCAUACACAAAUGAUGGCUGGCUGACCCCUUUAUGUGGUCCUUACGCGGGCCUGCCAAGCAGUGAGGCGAGAACAGAGAUUGUCUCUGGCCUGAAGAAACACGGCCUUGCAGAAGCGGUCGAGACUUGGAGACUGCGCGACUGGCUCGUAAGCCGCCAAAGAUACUGGGGGACGCCAAUUCCCAUCAUACAUUGCUCCAACUGCGGGCCAGUUCCGGUACCCAGAGAAGACCUCCCUGUGGUCUUGCCUCGACUCGACUCAUCCAUCAAAGGACAAACCGGUAAUCCACUAGACAAGAUCGAGGAAUGGGUCAAUUGCCAAUGUCCAACGUGCAAAGGCCCCGCUAAGCGAGAAACGGACACGAUGGAUACAUUCGUCGACUCUUCUUGGUACUUCAUGCGAUUUCCAGACGCGAAAAAUGAGUUGGAGCCUUUCUCACAGCGAUCCGCAGCUGAUAUGCUUCCCGUGGACACGUACGUCGGUGGCGUCGAACAUGCCAUUCUGCAUUUGCUUUACGCACGUUUCAUCUACAAAUUUUUGUGCGGCGAACGUCUUGUUUCCAGCGAUAACGGCCAUGCCGAGCCAUUCCAACAACUUAUAGCGCAGGGAAUGGUGCAUGGGAAAACGUUCUCUGAUCCUGACAGCGGUCGGUUCUUGCUUCCUGGUGAGGUCGACUUUGAUGGGGAAGCCGCAAGAAUCAGAUCCUCCGGUAAAGCACCCAAUGUCACUUGGGAAAAGAUGUCCAAGAGCAAGCAUAACGGCGUGGAUCCAUCCGCCGCGAUUGAAAAGUUUGGAGCGGAUGCUUUACGAGCUCACAUCCUCUUCGCCGCUCCUGUUAGCGAAGUGCUACAGUGGGACGAGGAAAAGAUUGUCGGCAUACAAAGGUGGUUUGGUCGCGUCAACCGCCUCGUCGCCGAAUUGAGCUCGCAGUCUGAUAUUGAUCGAGAUGAUGUCUCGCAGACCAGCAUUCCUGAGUUAAGUGACCUUGGCACGAAUGACGCCGAGGCGUUGCUUUUGACCCAAAGCACGAGCAAAAGUAUCUCGCAGACAUUCUCGAGUGACAUUUACAGCCUGAACACAGCAGUCUCCGACCUCAUCAAGCUGACAAAUGGCUUAGAGGGGAUUGGCAUCAACAAUCUGGCACCUUCAGUCGCACAUGUCACCGUCACCGCGCUCCUGAAGAUGAUGGCGCCCAUCACACCAGCAUUCGCGGAGGAAUGUUGGGAGAGAGUGAUGAUGCCUGACACGGAAAGAAGGGGAAGUAUUUUCGACGUGUCAUGGACGGGCGAGAUCAUAACCCCUGAACAAGAGGCUGCUCUACGGAGCCGCAAAACAACAAUCACCUGCGCAGUGCAGAUCAAUGGGAAACUCCGAUUCACGGCACAAGUACCGUCGUCCAAUCCGUCAGAAGGAAAUGCCGCAGAAUCCGACCCAGCAGCACGAGAGGCGGAUAUCGUCCGUGCUGUCCUUGAAACAGAAGAAGGCCGGGUGUGGUUGACGGAGAAGAACGAUUGGGGAAAAAAGAAGAGAGUAAUUGUCGUUGGCGGAGGCAAGGUGUUGAACGUGGUGUUUUGA